AUGCCGAGCUGGGGCAGGAAAGAAAGCUAUGAAGUCUCUUCAAAAGAGCAGAAGCAGAUCCUCGCUGAUAUUCAGUCGGGAUCUCAAAAGUUCAGCAGACGGCUCCUACCGCCUAGAAGCCAGGACAACAGGCGAGCAAGGAACGGAGAUACCAUCGUACCCGUCACCGUAACUGGCGAAGCAAGUCAGCAAGAAGAGCGACGAGGACGCAAGUCGACCAGCUCAGGCCGACCCGGGCUCCCCAAGCGUACCAGCAGUAUGAAGCGAGCGUACAACUACUUCUUCGGUGGAGCUGCACCACUGCCUGCACCGGCUGAGCCGACAAGCCCGUUGGUCACAACCGAUGCUACACCACCCACAAAGGCAGAGUCGAUAAGACAGCAGGACAAUGGCGUCGAUACCCCGCCUGAAACCCCGCGCGAGCCGCCUAGACGGUUGAGCGAAGACGAGGCCGCGGCAGACUCUCCUUCACCCCCAUCUCUACUAGCCUCGGAUGACUUGGAGACGCAAAUUUCCAAGCUCAAGAAGAAGCUCGCCCACGCCGAAGCCGACCUUGACGAAGCCCAGCGCGUUGCUGCUACCCAAGAUGAGCAUGUGCGGAGUCUUGAGGAGGACCACAAGGAGCGCACCAAGGAGUUCGAGUCCCGCGAGCAGUCGCUGCAGCAGGACAAGAAGGAUCUUGAGGAGCACAUGGUCAGCGUCGUUGUUCAACAAGUACGCGAGGCCAAGGCCAAGGAGAGGAACACCGUUCGCGAGGAGUGCGAAGCUGAGUUCAACGAGAAGAUUGCCGAUAUCACAAAGGAGGCUGAAGGCCUUCGCGGCACCGUCUCCGAACUUGAGGCCCAGAUUGCAUCCUACAAGGAUGAGAUCGAGAAGCUCAAGGGCAUCAUCGACAGCCAUCAGGCAGCCGGUACUGAAUCAGCUGACAACUCUGCUGAGCUUGAAGCUAAGGAGGCUGAGCUUUCUACUGCCAAGGCGCAGUUGGACGAGCUUACCGCUGCAAAGAGCAACACAGAGAAGGAACUCGCCGAUGCUCUUGCCACAAUUGAGGAGCUCAAGAGCCAGAGCCAGGACACUGUCGCCAAGGCUGAUCUUGAUGCCCUAGCUGCGGACCGAGACGCUCAGAAGACCAAGGUUGAGGAAUUCGUUGCUGAGGUCGCCAUCCUGAAGUCGCAGAUCUCCGAGUUAGAGGAGCUGAAGUCCAAGCACGCUGAACUCGAAGCCGCACACAGCAAGCUCUCCGAAGAACUUGCAGCACGAGGCACCCAAGACGCUGAUGCUGAGAAGGCGUCAAAAGAGGAGGCUGAAGGUCUUCGCAGCACCAUUACUGAGCUGCAAGCAUCUCUCCAGGAGGCAAAGGAUACCCUUGAGCAGAAGGCUUCAGAGCUUGACGCUAAGACCAAGGAGCAUGCUGCUGCUGCCGAUCAGGUCGCAUCAUUGACUGAGUCAUCCAAGAGUGAGGUUGAUAGUCUCAAGGCUGAGAUUAGCGAUUUGCAAGAGAAACUCAAGACUGUCGACAUGUCCAAGGGUGACGCUGAUGAGCUUGCUCAGAAGGUUUCUGCCCUCGAGAAGUCGCUGAAGGAGGCACAAGAUGAUCUUUCUGCCAAGACGUCUGAGCUCGAGGCAUCCUCAGCCUCCCUUGCUUCCGAGAAGGAAGCGGCAGUCAAGGCUGCAGAAGAGGCUAAGAGCAAGGUUGAUGCCCUCACAGCCAAGAUUUCUGAACUUGAAGCCUCCCUCAAGGAAUCACAAGACAGCCUUUCCGCCAAGGAUGCCGAGCUUGAAACCGUAAAGGGCGACGCAUCCAAGGCUGCCGAAUCUGCCAAGGUUGAGGUUGCAGGCCUGCAGAGCACCGUCAGCAAGCUUGAGGCCGAGAUUGAGAGCACAAAGGGUUCUUCUGAUGAGCAGACCACUGCUGCCAAGAAAGAGGCCGAGGAGCUUCGCGAGACUGUAGCUAAGCUUGAGGCUGAGCUGGAGGCUGCAAAGGGCGAAGUCACCAAGGUUUCAGAGGCUUCCAAUGCCAAGGUCACCGAGCUCGAGGGCUCGCUGAAGGAGGCACAGGAUAGCCUGGCUGCUAAGGAGUCUGAGCUAGCUGCCGCAAAAGAGGAGGUCAGUAAGGCAUCAGAGGCCUCUGCCACUAAGGUAGCUGAGCUCGAAGGUUCCCUCAAGGAGGCACAAGAGAGCCUUGCCACCAAGGAGUCUGAGUUGGCUGCUGCCAAGGAGGAGGCCACCAAGGCUGUUGAGUCAUCCAAGGGAGACGCUGAGGGUCUGCAAAAGACCAUCGCUGACCUUGAGGCUUCGCUCAAGGAAGCCAAGGACAGCCUAUCGUCCAAGGAAUCUGAACUUGAGGCUGCUAAGGGCGAUGUCACCAAGGUCACUGAAUCUUCCAGCUCGAAGAUUGCCGAGCUUGAGGCCAGUCUGAAGGAAGCUCAGGAGAGCAUCACCGCCCACAAGUCGGAAUUGGAGGCUGCCAAGAGCGAAGCUAAGAAGGCGGUCGAAUCAUCCAAGGGUGAUGCUGAGGGCCUUCGUUCCACUAUCAGCGAGCUAGAGGCUUCUCUUAAGGAGGCGAAGGAUGGUCUUGCGGCAAAGGAGUCUGAACUCGAGGCUGCUAAAGCUGAUGUAAGCCAAGCUACUGAGUCCUCUGGCUCAAAGAUCGCUGAGUUGGAGGCGUCUCUCAAGGCUGCCCAAGACAGCCUAGCCGCGAAGGAGUCGGAACUGGGGGCCAAGUCUGCUGAAGCUGGCAAGGUUACCGAACUUGAGCAAGCUCUCGCCACUGCAAAGUCAGAUCUUGAGGCUGCUACCACUGCCAAGGAAGAUGCUGCCAAGGCAUCAGAAUCGUCAACACAGGAGGCUGAGGGUCUUCGCAACAAGAUUACCGAGCUGGAGACUGCCGUCAAGGAGAAGGAAGCUGCUCUGGCUGAGGCUACCCAAGCCACCGAGGCUGCCAAGGGUGGUGCCAACGAGUCUGCGGCAAAGAUCGCAGAGCUUGAGGCUUCCCUCAAGGAAACCACUAGCAAGCUCGAAGCCAAGGAAACUGAACACUCAGAAUCUCUCCAGGCAGCUCAAUCGUCAAGCAACGACAAGAUUGCGGCCCUUGAGAAGGAGCUCGCUGACGCCAAGGCUGAGGCCAGCAAGGUCGCCGAGUUGGAAGCUAAGCUUGCUGCGAAGGAAUCUGAACACUCUGAAGCCCUUCAGACUGCCCAAUCUUCAGGCAACGAGAAGGUUGCUUCCCUGGAGAAGGAUCUCGCCGCUGCCGAGCAGUCUCUUGAGGAGACUAAGAAGGCAAAGGAGGCUGUUGAUGAGGAGCUCAAGGCGACCAAGGAGGCUGAGGCUGAAGCGAAGGAGACUGCUGCAAAGGCCUCUACACUCGAAUCCGAGCUUGCAGAGCUCAAGAUAUCGACUGAGAAGUCGACUGCUGAGAAGAGCGAGCUAGAGGAGAAGUUGAAGGCAAGCGAGACCAAGGUCACUGAGCUCGAGGCCAGCGUCGAAGCUGCCAAGGCGAAAGAAUCUGAACUCACUGCUCUCCAAGCCAAGCUUGACGAGGCUACCCAGGCAUCUGAGGCAUCCAUCAAGGAGCUCGAGGCCGCUAAGUCAGGAGAGACAGAAGCCAAGACAUCUCUCGAGACUCUUCAGGCCACACUGAAGGAGCAAGAAGAAAAGACCACUGCUCUACAGUCCGAGGCUGAGGCCGCGAAGAAGGCACAAGAGGAGGCUAAGGCGGAACUUGAGUCUGCUAAAGAGCAACUUGAGAAGGCCAAGGCUGAUCAAGAGGAGCUCAAGAAGACUAACGCUGAGCUGCUUGAGAAGGCCUCGAAGAUUGUCGAAGUCCCCGCCACCGAGGUUCCCGCUGAGAAGGCUGCUGAAGUACCUGUCGAGAAGGCCAUCGAGGAGCCAGUUGCUGAGACCAAGGAGCCAGAGGCACCAGUAGAUGCACCAGCUGUCGAUGGCGCAGCGGAGACCGAGACUAAGGAUGCUGAGGAACCCGAAUCGGAGCCCCAAACACCCACUACCCCCAUGUCACCCACCAACGGCGAUGAAGAGGAGGGUGAAGGAGGAGAGAAGAGUGCCUCUAAAAAGAAGAAGAACAAGAAGAAGGGCAAGAAAUAA